AUGAAACAGAAAAAGCAGGUCAAGAAAAAUACGGUCUUCUGUUAUCCAGUCAUAGGAUCAGAUUCUUCAUACAUUAAGUAUGUCAAAGUAGAGUCUCCAGAAGCAACAUCUGUUGUUUUGUGCCCAGAUGAGUGUUCUAUGUAUGCAACAAAUGAUAGUGGUAUGAAAGUCGCGAUCCAAUUUCCUUCAGUUCUUUCUAUCACAACAGACUUCCUUUCGAUUCUUCGCUCUUUGCUCUCUUCGUUUUCAUACAACUUCCUCGCAAAGCUUUCCACAAUUCGCAAGCCCGUUUAUCUUACCAAGCUCCUCUCCUAUCUUCCUGUACUCUAUCCUCAACUGUAUCCGUCCAUCUCUGACUCCUCCUCAUCUAUAUCAAGCAAAGAAGCCAUCAACCAAGUUGAAAGUAUGAUCGAAGGGUCGGAGAGUGCUCAAAGUAGCACAGCAGACAAUCAUCAAAACGGCACAGCAAACUCGACCAUCAACUCAGAAAAUGGUUUGAAACAAGAGGAAGACAACUCUGUGGAUGAAAUGGAUAGCGACGACAAUCUGGGUUCCGAGCUUUCCUUUCUUUAUUCCUGUCUUUCCAUGCAUCCCAUCCCCGAAUCCGUAGUUGCCUCGAUCUCUGCCUCAAUUCCUUCGUUUGUUCAAUCUCAGCCAUUUCCCCAUCAGAUCUUAGCGCUUUCGUGGAUGUUGAGUCGUGAAGGGCUUCAUCACGAUUCUUCCUCCCCAUCCAAUCCGUCUCUUCAUCCCUUGUUCUCCUCCUGGCCGCCCGAUCCCACAUUGUAUGUAUCGCCGUGGACAGCAGUGUUUACACGAGAAUUCAUCCCGAAUGAGACGGUUCGGAAGGGAGGAGUUCUCUGCGAUACGAUGGGACUGGGCAAGACCUUUGAGAUGAUUUUGCUGAUUCUGAUGCACCCGAGAGAUUCCCAGCCCAUUGUGAAGAAGGAAGUUGCUUUGGGAAACGAAAGAAAAGAGAUAAUGUCUGAAAGUGAUUCGAUUCGGUGGAGUGCACCGAACAAUCAGCGAAAGCGAGCGAGGAAACUUAGAGAUGAGGAAUUUUCGAUGGAUAAUGAGGAUUCUUGGGAUGCGAAAAGAGGCAAGAAUGUUUAUUAG